CCGCCAUCCAGCCUCCAUUCGCUUGCUGUACACCUCAAAGGGGCGAGAGCCCUUCAGAGAAUCUCCGCCAGCCGCUCACCGGAGGCCCGGCCUUCAUCUUACUCCUUACCGCCAUGGAGGCGCUGACUGAACUCUGCGAUCUUAUUGCCCAGAACCCUGAUCUCUUUGCCGACAAGCUAGCCUGGAUUUGCAGCCGUUGCCCUUCGGCGGCAGCGCUUCAGCCACCGUCGGCGGGAUUAGGAUCGGUGCGCGUCACGCGUUCCCAUCUCAAUGCCCUCAUCGCCCUUGCCCGCUUUCUGUCUAAAUGCUCCGAUGUCUCCGCCGCUGCCUCCAAUGUCCGAUCCACACUCUUCGAAUUCCUCCGCGCCAUCCCAUCCGUUGCUUUUCGCCUCUCCUUCUGGCCACAGUCGUUCUCCCUUGACACCAUUUCCGCCUUCUUCUCCGAUCUUCUCCGUUAUCUUUCCACCGCUGCCGAUCUCUCCCCUGCCGUCGGUUCUGAGCUCUCUCUAUUCUUUGGAAACACUGUCUUCUCCGCAGCGGCCUGCACCGGUGACGAGAUAGCCAUUGCCAGGGUUUUUCUCUCCGCCGUGGCGCAGAGUUGCCCUCCGAUUGCGGCUGCGGACGGGGAAAUGCUUGUGACAUGCUUUCUUGAGCAGUUUGUUCCAGAGGAUGAUGGGCUUUCGUCGUCAGGGUCGGAGAAUUCGAUGUCCUGGGGAUCGAGCACUCUGUCCAGGGGGAAGGUAAUUGAGGAUGAUAGGGAUGUAGUUGAUGAUGGUUCGAGCGAGAUCUCGUCGGUGCAGAAUGGUGGCAGUGUUGGUCGGAGGAGCAGCUCGGGUUCGAAUGGCGGGGGUGGAGGAGGCGGGCCUGUGGCAUUUCAGGUGGAGUCUUUGGAAGGGUUGGAGAAGCUGGAGAUAGCGUUUAGAUUGGUUCGGCAGGUUCUGGAUAGGUCGGGUAGGAUCAAGGCUGAUCAGUUGGAACAUUUUCAUAAAGUUGCUGCCAAGCAGCUGAAGUCUUUGCCAGCUUUUCUCAAGAUCCGCAAGCGUGAUUGGAAAGAACAGGGGCCGCAGUUGAAAGCUAGAAUCAACAGAAAAUUAUCUUGUUGUCAAGCAGCAGCCGAGUUGCAAACGAAGGGUAUACUUUCUUUAGAUCCGGAUGGGAAAGCCUCCAAAGAUGCAUUGCGGCGUACACUUGCACUUCUCUUGGAUGCUGCAGAAGCUUGCAUAAUCUCUUCAUGGAGAAAGUUGAAAAUCUGUGAGGAUCUUUUCAGCACUCUACUUUAUGGAAUUAGCCAAAUAACUGUUUCUCGUGGGGGCCAGUUACUCCGAGUCUUACUUAUUCCUCUGAAACCUCUGGUACUUACGACAUGUGCUCAGGAGGCUGAUAUGCUAGGUAACAACCCUGGGGCAAUGUUUGUGGCUGUCACGAAACUAAGUUGCGAGAUAGUAGAAUUUGGUUGGGGCAAGGACAGGGCUCUUGUUGAUACCUUCAUCAUGGGUUUGGCUGCUUGCAUUCGAGAAAGGAAUGACUACGAGGAGCAGGAUGGGAAAGAAAAACAUGCAAUUCCUGCGAUUCAGCAUAAUCUUAUACGGUUGCUGGCUGACUUGAGUGUAACUGUCAAUAAAUGGGAAGUCGUUGAUAUGAUAUUGCCUUUGUUCAUUGAAAGUUUAGAAGAGGGUGAUGCUUCAUCUCCAUGCUUACUGCGUCUUCGACUACUGGAUGCAGUAUCUCACAUAGCCUGCUUGGGUUUUGAGAAAUCUUAUCGGGAAACGGUUGUCUUGAUGACACGGAGCUAUUUGGAUAAGGUUAAAAAUGUUGGAAAUUCAGAAAUCAACUCACCUUCAGAAGCUGCCACUGAGAGGGCAGAGACUCUCCCAGCUGGGUUUCUUUUGGUUGCUUCUCGUUUGACUAGUACAAAGCUAAGGGUAGACUAUCGCCACCGUCUUUUGUCUUUGUGCUCUGAUGUUGGACUAGCUUGUGAAUCAAAUAGUGGGAGGAGUGGUGCUGAUUUUUUGGGUCCACUACUUUCUGCUGUUGCAGAAAUUUGCUCUGAUUUUGACCCAGCUACCAGCAUUGAGCCUUCACUUCUUAAAUUGUUUCGCAACCUUUGGUUCUAUAUUGUUUUAUUUGGGCUAGCUUCUCCAGGGCAGAAAAAUCAAUUUUCAACAAAAGGAAUGCCCAACUCAAUUAGUAUUGUGGGGAGCGCAGCGGCAAGCCCACUUCAUGCCAUGACUGGAUCAUACACGUCGAUUGGCCAGUGGUUUGGAGCUGUUCAACGCAUAGCGCAGAGAACACCACCUUUGGUUGUGAGCUCAGUCAAGUGGCUUGAAGAUGAGUUAGAGUUGAAUGCCCUACACAACGCAGGUGGCCGAAGAGGCAGUAGCAAUGAGAAAGCUGCAGUUGGGCAGAAAAGUGUUCUUUCUGCUGCCUUAGGAUGCCGUGUUGAGGUAGCAGCAAUGACUACAAUUUCAGGUGUAAAGGCUACCUAUUUAUUGGCUGUUACAGUUUUGGAGACCAUACGUUUUAGCUGUAAUGGUGGCAUUCUUCCUGCUAGUUCCACAUCAAACACGUCAAUAAGUGCUUUCAGCUGUGUUUUUGAUUAUCUACUCACGCCAAACCUGAUGCCGGCUGUCUUCCAAUGCUUGAAAGCAAUUGUCUACAGUGCUGCUGAUGUAGCAGUGGCAUGGCUGGAGGAGAGACUUUGUGAUACUGGAAAAGAAGCUGAUAUUGUAGAUCAUGUUCUUUCUGCACAUUGUUGCUUUCUUAUAAGGAGUAUGUCUCAGAGGGAUGAAAAUAUUCGAGACAUUUCUGUCAAUUUGCUAACUCAAUUUAAAGAGAAGUUUCAGCAGGUUUUGUGGAACGUUUCUUGUUUGGAUGCACUUCUAUUUUCAGUUCAUAAUGAGUUACCUUCAGCUCAAGUCAAUGAUCCUGCUUUGGUUGCUAUUUGUCGUUCUGUAUACCAAAAGAUUGUGCGGGAAUGGAUCACAAAUGCCCUUUCAUAUGCUCCAUGCACAACCCAAGGCUUAUUACAGGAAUUUCUCUGCAAGCUUAAUGGACUACAAAAAACACAACAUGCAUCCGAUAUUGUUUCCCUUUUGUCUGAAAUCCGAAUUUGUUCUGGGAAAAAUGAUUGCUGGAGUGGGAUCAGGACUGCAAAUAUUCCUGCAGUCAUAGAAGCUUCUACUGCUGCCUCAGGAGAAAAGAAGAAAGUUUCGGAUGGCUUCAUUUUGGAAGUUUUAUCAACUGCAGUUGUGAGUGCAACGGUGAAGUGUAACCAUGCUGGGGAGAUUGCUGGUAUGAGAAGGCUGUACAAUAAUAUAGGAGGUUUUCAUUUAGGCAUGUUGGGUUUAGGAACUGGACCUCCGCAAUCUCAAGGAGUUUCUUUUAAUGAGAUUCUCCUAGCAAAAUUUGUCCAGCUGCUUCAACAAUUUGUUGGCACUGCCGAGAAAGGUGCCACUGUAGAUAAAUCCUUGUUUCGAGAAACCUGUUCUCAGGCUACUGCAUUACUUCUUUCACAGAUGGCUUCUGAGUCUAGAUUGAAAAUAGAAGGCUUCUCACAGCUUUUACGACUUCUUUGUUGGUGUCCUGCUUACAUUUCAACGCCAGAUGCAAUGGAAACAGGAAUAUUUAUUUGGACUUGGCUUGUUUCGUCAGAACCUUCUUUUGGGCCACUUGUCCUUGCAGAACUUGUUGAUGCAUGGUUGUGGACAAUAGAUACAAAACGUGGUCUGUUUGCUUCUGAAAUGAGAUAUUCUGGUCCUGCUGCAAAAUUAAGGCCUCACCUCAUUCCUGGAGAACCAGAACCACAGCCUGAGAAGGACAUUGUUGAAGGAUUGAUGGCCCAUAAACUCUGGCUUGGUUUUUUUAUUGAUCGCUUUGAGGUAGUUCGACAUGAUAGUAUGGAGCAACUUUUGUUCUUUGGUCGAAUGUUGCAAGAAACGAUGAAAUCACCAUAUCAUUUUUCUAAACACCCGGCAGCAACUGGCACUUUCUUCACCGCUAUUCUACUUGGAUUAAAAUUUUGCUCAUGUAAAUCACAGAGCAAUCUCCAGAACUGUAAAAUUGGGCUUCAUCUGCUCGAAGACCGUGUUCUUCGUGCUUCAUUGGGUUGGUUUGCUUGUGAGCCAGAGUGGUAUGAGUCAAAUGAUAAGGGUUUUGCACAGAGCGAGGCUCAGUCUGUUUCUUUAGUUGUUCAUCAUCUUUUGAAUGAGAAAACAGAUUCUGUGUCAACAUCUUCAACUGAUUCAUCUUUGAAAGGCAAAGGAUGUGAAAGUGAAUUGAAUAACAUGACAGAUCUAUAUCAUCCUGUCUGGGGACAUAUGGAUGACUAUGCUUCUGGAAGAGAGAAACGGAAGCAGCUACUUGCCAUGCUAUGCCAGCAUGAGGCAGAUAGGCUUGAAGUGUGGUCACAACCUUUAAACACAAAAGAUAACUCAUCCUUUCGUAAUAAAAUUAGCUCAGAAAGAUGGAUUGAACAUGCAAAGAUUGCAUUUUCUGUUGAUCCUCGCAUUGCUUGCUGCCUAACAUCAAGAUUUCCAACUAAUUCAUAUAUUAUAGCUGAAGUAACACAGUUGGUUCAGGCGAACAUAAUAAACCUACGGACAAUUCCUGAAGCUUUGCCCUUUUUUGUGACUCCAAAGUCAGUUGAGGAGAAUUCAAUAUUGUUGCAGCAGCUGCCACACUGGGCUGCCUGUUCAAUCACACAAGCUUUGGAAUUUUUUACUCUUCCAUUCAAGGGUCACCCACGUGUCAUGGCUUAUGUUCUUAGAGUUUUGGAGUCUUAUCCUCCAGAACGAGUAACCUUCUUUAUGCCACAACUAGUACAAGCUCUCCGAUAUGAUGAAGGCAAAUUAGUUGAAGGGUACCUUCUUGGAGCUGCUCGGCGAAGUAAUGUGUUUGCCCACAUCCUGAUUUGGCAUCUUCAGGGUGAGUCUUGUGUUUCAGAAUCUGGAAAGGAUGGGGUGGUUCCAAUGGGUAAUUCAUUCCAAGCAAUGCUUCCUGUUCUGCGACAAAAGAUUAUCGAUGGCUUUUCUCCUGAAGCCCGUGAUUUGUUUCAAAGAGAAUUUGAUUUCUUUGAUAAGGUCACCUCUAUUUCUGGUGUCUUAUAUCAUCUACCAAAGGAAGAACGUCGUGCUGGUAUUAGAAGAGAGCUUGAGAAAAUUAGUGUUGAAGGAGACGACCUUUAUCUGCCAACUGCUACAAAUAAACUUGUACGGGGCAUUCUGUUGGAUAGUGGAAUUCCUCUUCAGUCAGCAGCAAAAGUUCCUAUAAUGAUUACAUUCAAUGUCGUGGACAAGUAUGGUGAUCCUAAUGAUGUAAAGCCCCAGGCUUGUAUUUUCAAGGUUGGUGAUGAUUGUAGACAAGAUGUUCUUGCACUCCAAGUGAUUUAUCUACUUAGAGAUGUAUUUGAAGCAGUCGGGUUAAAUCUUUAUCUAUUCCCUUAUGGUGUUUUACCCACAGGGCCAGAAAGGGGUAUAAUUGAGGUUGUUCCAAAUACAAGAAGCAGAAACCAAAUGGGAGAACUGACUGAUGGUGGGUUGUUUGAGAUAUUUCAACAAGACUAUGGGCCUGUAGGAUCCCCUGCAUUCGAAACUGCUCGUGAAAUGUUUAUGAUCAGCAGUGCUGGUUAUGCUGUUGCCAGUCUUCUUCUUCAGCCAAAGGAUCGUCAUAAUGGCAAUCUUCUUUUUGACAACAAGGGAAGGCUUGUGCAUAUAGAUUUUGGGUUUAUACUUGAAACAUCUCCCGGAGGAAACAUGCGGUUUGAAAAUGCUGACUUCAAGCUCAGUCAUGAGAUGACCCAAUUGCUUGAUCCAUCAGGAACGAUGAAAAGCGACACUUGGAAUCAAUUUGUCAGCUUGUGCGUGAAAGGCUAUCUUGCUGGUCGGCGGCAUAUGCAUGGUAUUUUGACGACGGUGCUUCUGAUGGUGGACAGCGGUCUUCCAUGCUUUAGCCGAGGCGACCCAAUCGGAAAUUUACGAAAGCGAUUCCAUCCAGAGAUGAACGAACGCGAGGCUGCCAAUUUCAUGAUCCGUACCUGCAUGGAUGCCUAUAACAAGUGGACCACUGCUGGGUAUGAUCUCAUACAGUACUUGCAGCAAGGCAUCGAAAAAUAGAUACACCCCCACAACUCCUUUUCUUCCCUGCUUUAUGAUGAGUCCUACCCCUACCCUUUUUGUAGAUUUUUAUUUUUUAUUUUUCUUAUACUACGAGGGAAGAUCAUUCACCAGAGUUGCUUUUUUUAUAUGAAUUUUUACAUUAAGAAUCGGUAUUGUUAACUCAAAACGCAUCUCUUUGCAAUUCUCAACUUAGAAAACUCGGUGGCACUAAAGCAGCAGCUGUCUAUAACUCGACCAUCUUCUCCUCGAGGCCAA